AUGCUCCGAAGGCUCUCAUCUCAGUUCCGCAAAGACAAGAACAAAGGGAAGGGCCAGCCAAACGGCUUUACUCCAGACGAGAAGAAGGAACGACGGAGCUCAAAGCACCUGGUCAACGGCGAAACGCAUAAGGAGGAACCGGAUCAGAAUGCAACGCGUCAAGACGUCAGCGACACGUUCGAGCAGUUUGCGCAGCUAAUUCACGCUUCUCAACGACCACUGCCUACACAAUCCGGCAAUGGCACCUACAUUGAUACAGAGGUGCCGAGUGGAAUGUUCGCCGAUCUUCGAACCCUGGGCUUCAAGGACGUGAAGACCUUGAAGGAUGUUAUGACCACCAAGGCCGCUGGCGAGCUUGCGGACGACAAGACGUAUCUCAUGGAGCGUGUUAUCCAGCUCGUCAGUGAUUUGCCCGCGCUCUCGAAGAAUCGAGUGGAUCUCACGAAUGCCUUCAUUGAUGAACUGUGGGAUUCUUUACAACACCCACCGCUCUCGUAUCUGGGUGAUCAAUUCAAAUACAGAUCGGCUGAUGGGUCGUACAAUAACAUCAUGUAUCCCCACCUUGGUGCCGCAAAUACCCCAUAUGCACGAAGCGUGCAGCCUAUCACGAUCCAGCCCGGCGCGCUGCCCGAUCCUGGCCUCAUCUUUGACAGCCUCUUCGCGCGGAAUACAUACACGAAGCAUCCCAACAACGUCUCCAGCAUUCUCUUCUACUGGGCGUCGCUGAUUAUUCACGAUUUGUUUCAAACGGACCACCGGGAUAUCUCAAACUCGCAAACAUCCUCGUAUCUCGACUUGUCUCCCCUCUACGGCGAUAACCAAGACGAUCAGGACCAAAUCAGAACGUUCGAGCAUGGCAGACUGAAGCCGGAUUGCUUUGCCGAACAGCGCUUGUUGGGGUUUCCCCCAGGCUGCGGUGUGCUUCUCAUCAUGUUCAAUAGAUUCCACAACUACGUGGUCGAGCAACUAGCAGUCAUCAACGAGGGCGGCCGCUUCACGAAACCCAGCGACAACCUCUCUGGGGAGAGAGCGCAGAGCGCGUGGAAGAAAUACGACAACGACUUGUUCCAGACGGGCCGUUUGAUCACUUGCGGCUUGUACAUGAACAUCACGCUACUCGACUACCUGCGUACCAUCGUCAAUUUGAACAGAAGCAACACCACCUGGACGCUGGACCCGCGAGUGGACAUGGACAAAGUCUUCGGCCAGGAUGGCACUCCUCGUGGUAUCGGCAACCAAGUCUCAGCUGAAUUUAACCUCGUCUACAGAUGGCACUCGGCGACUAGCUUGAAGGAUGAGCAAUGGACAGAAAACAUGUAUCUGCAGAUGUUUGGAAAGAGGGCUGCUGAUGUGCCUAUGCAUGAGCUGGUGGCAGGCCUUGGGAAGUGGUACGCCGGGCUUGACAAAGAUCCCGCCAAGCGCCCGUUUGCAAAUCUGCAGCGAGACGGUCAUGGAAAGUAUGACGAUGGAGACCUUGUCAAGAUCAUUACAGAAGGCAUUGAGGAUUGCGCAGGCUCUUUCGGCGCCAACAAUGUUCCCAAAGCCCUCCGCGCUGUUGAGAUCAUGGGCAUGAUGCAGGCGCGCAAAUGGGGCUUGGGGACGCUCAACGAGUUCAGGAAAUUCUUCAAGCUGAAGCCGCAUGACUCGUUCGAAAGCAUAAACUCCGAUCCCAAGGUGGCUGAGCAGCUCCGCCAUCUCUAUGAACAUCCCGACCUCGUUGAGAUGUACCCCGGCAUCGUCUGCGAGGAAGCGAAGACGCCGAUGGUUCCAGGAGUCGGAAUAGCCCCCACAUUUACCAUUUCUAGGGCAAUCCUCUCUGACGCCGUUUGCCUCGUCCGCGGUGAUAGGUUCUACACCAUCGACUACCAUGCGAAGAAUCUCACCAACUGGGGCUACAACGAAGUGCAGUAUGACUUGAACGUCGAGCAAGGUUGCGUCUUCUAUAAGCUGUUUUUGCGGGCAUUCCCCAACCACUUCCAGCCAAACUCCGUGUACGCGCACUACCCGAUGACCAUACCGCUUGAAAACCGAAAAAUUCUACGGGAUCUAGGGAGGGAGAAUCACUACUCAUGGGACCGUCCAGCUUUCAUCCCGCCGCGUGUCAAUCUCACUACCUACAUUGGAGCAAAAACGAUCCUUGACCGACAGGAUAUCUUCAAGGUUACUUGGGGGAAAACGCUCGAGGAGCUGAUGGGCAAGGGUGGAGCCAACUUCAUGCUCUCCGGCGACACCUCCCUGCAUGCGAAGCAGCGGCAAACCAUGGCCAAAUCUCUGUAUAGAGAGAACUGGCAUAAGCACAUCAAGCAAUUCUACGAGUACAUCACGUUGAAGCUUCUGCACGAGAAGUCAUUCCAGAUCGCCGGCGUGAACCAUGUCGACAUCACCAGAGACGUUGGUAACCUCGCACAUGUACACUUUGCCGCCAACGUGUUCUCGCUGCCGCUCAAGUCGAAAGCGACGCCACGUGGAAUUUUUACAGAGCACGAGCUCUAUAUGGCUCUGGCAGUCAUCUUCGUCUGCAUCUUCUUCGAUCUAGAUCCUGCGAAGUCAUUCCCGCUUCACAGGGCCGCCGCAAAGAUCUCAAGCGUUCUCGGCAAGUUGAUCGAGGCGAAUGUCAAGUCAGUCUACAUGACCGGCGGCUGGAUCUCCGGCAUUGCGGAUAGCUUCCACGACAACGAAGAUUAUCUGACCGACUACGGCGUCCACAUGGUGCGCCGCCUCCUAGACAGCGGCUUGAGCGUUGAAGAAACGGCGUGGUCACAGGUCUUCCCCACAGCGACCGCGAUGGUACCUAACCAGGCUCAAGUGUUCACCCAAGCGCUCGACUUCUAUCUAUCGCCUCGGGGACAGAGAUUCCUUCCUGAAAUCAACAGACUUGCCAAGCUCGAUACGCCCGAAGCCGACGACAAGAUUCUGCAUUACUGCAUGGAAGGUAUUCGGCUCAACGGCACGUUUGGCUCCUAUAGGGAAGCGACGGGCUCGGCGACCGUUGACGAUGGUGGUCGGCUCGUACACGUCAAGCCGGGCGACAAGGUCUUUGUGUCGUUCGUUGGCGCGGCCAAGGACCCGAUCAUGUUCCCCGACCCGGAGGAAGUCAAGGUCAACCGGCCUUUGGAGAACUACAUCCACUAUGGCGUGGGCCCGCACGCUUGUCUGGGCCGGGAUGCGAGCCGUGUCGCGCUGACUGCAAUGUUGAAAGUUGUGGGGAGAUUGGACAACUUGAGAAGGGCGCCCGGCCCGAAGGGAGAGCUGAAGAAAAUCCCUAGACAAGGCGGCUUCUAUGUCUACAUGCGCGAGGAUCACGGAUCCUAUUUCCCUUUCCCCACGACCAUGCAGAUCAACUGGGACGGUGCACUGCCACUGCUGCCAACUCGGCGGAAUUAA